UGCAGGCCUCAUCUUCAAUAUCUCUCUUUAGUUUGUCUAUAUAGGUCAACCCAACUACUCUGGUUGACACACAACAAUCACCUGUGAUCUUUUAUGAUCACUGCGUACAAAUUCUUCUUUGUGAUUACUUAACUGUUACUGAAUACAGAGUUCUUUUGGUUCUCUGUUCAGGAUCGGCAUAAUGUUUGGACACCACCACCACCACCAUGAUCAGCAACAGCCAGCUCCAGCCCCUUAUGGAGGUGCACCCUAUCCUCCAGUCUCUGUACAAGGGGAGACUGUGAAGAUCUACUGUGAAGCCAAUCCUGAUUACCACCUGGCCAACUUCAAUGGUCAUGUUGUCAUGACAGCUGCUAAUGAGUCUGACCCAAAUCAGCAAUGGAUUAUGGACACUGCGUGGAGUGUGAGGGCCAAGGAUGAAGCAGGAUUCCCUGCAUUUGCCUUGAUAAACAGGGCUACUGGCCAGGCUCUAAGGCAUGGACGUUCAGAGAAUGAAAGGGUUAUCUUGGGUCCAUAUCACAUCGAUGAUUUGAAUGAGGCUGUUCUGUUUGCCCAGAGUGCUGAUGUGGGCAGGGGGUAUCAGUGCAUCAGGCCUGUGAACAACAUUCUGAUAAAUCUGGAAGCCAUGUUUCAAGAUGAUAAACAUCAUCGUGGAGUCCACGAAGGGGCAGCAGUUGCUCUGUUCAAAUGGAACAAGAAGGAGACUCAAAAAUGGAAGAUCAGUCCCAUCCUGGGCUCAUCUCAUGGAGGGUCUGGGCAUCGUUCAUUAUACCCUCAAGUUGAUGAGGAGGAACCUCGGGGUAUUGCGGUUAGGAUUUAUUGCGAAGCCAAUCCAAACUUUUUUAUGGCUGCCCAAGGCCAACUUGCUGUGCUUGCCCUAGGAACCCCAUAUGAUCCCCACCAGCAAUGGAUCAAAGUGGAUUCGUGGGGUCUUAGGGUGAGGGAUGAAGUUGGAUACCCAGCCUUUGCAUUGGUGAAUAAGGUUACAAAGCAAGCUCUAAAACAUGGAAAUAAAGAAUGGGAUCAGAUAUACUUGGCAGACCACAAUCACUACAAGUUAGAUAAAUCAUUUCUCUGGACCCAAAGUGCAGAUGUUGGGCAUGGAUACCAAUGCCUUAGGCCUGUAAACAACAUCCAUCUCAAUAUGGAUGCCAAGGGAGCUAAUGGUGAAACUGGUGGAAUCCAUCAUGGAAAUGAGCUCAUUCUCUUCAGCUGGAAUCAGCAGAGCAAUCAGAAAUGGAAGCUGCAGCCUCUUUAGAGGAGAAAUGAUUUUGGCUUGACAAAUCUAAAAUAAAAGAGAAAGUGCAGCAGUUUAGAUCUGGAUUUUGUGCUACGGGCUAAAUAGCUUUGAAAGCAUAUAUUUUGCAUAGUUUUUUGUUUAGGAUGUAAUAUGUGAGAUCUAAAGAGUCAUUAUAAGUACAGCGUUGGACACCGUUUCUAUGUUUUGAUUAAUUUUCAACUUCUCUAGUAUGUCUUCCAACUAUUUUUUGGGUUUCAGCUCUGGUGUGUCAUAAUUAUAUGUGAACAUUAAACAUAUAUCAUUAAAAUUUCAAGCAUUACAAUUUUU